CAAUCGUAUUUCGCAGGCAACACAGUGAACCGCAAACAUUUCAUUUCUUAAAUUCCGGUAUAGAAACAGUUACAAUAGUGUAAUAAACUAUUCAUUUAAUUCGCUAAUAAGUCAGCUUGAAACCAAAGUCAUGGAUGUAAGUGACGUUGGAAUGGACAGUACAAAUCGUGAAACGAUGAAUGAAAACAAAGGAACUGUGAAGCAGUGUCCACUGAGAUCUAUUUCGGUUGAUGCAAACACAAAAUUCGAUCUGUAUAAAACAAAAUAUUCCUACGAAAGACAAAACAGUAUAAAUAACUCAAAGGAUUAUAAUACUUUGAAAGACAGAAAAAACAUAGAUCAACUGGAUUUCAAAUCAAACAUCGUAGACAUAUUUACUGAAGAAGCAACGGAAGACAAAGUUAAAGACAGUCUUGUAGGAUCAACAUACCAUGUUAGUGAAAUAGAUCUUGGGACUUCAGCGUCGCAAAAACUUUUAAACAAAGAAGUAAAUUUGACAAUGGAGACCGAAAUGACAGAUUCCGUUUUUAUUGGUAAGGGGACUGAUGUAACGGAUGAGGAGUACCCCGAGAAGCCAGCUGGAUAUGAAAGACAGAACAGCCGACAUAGAAUAUGCCUAUACAGAAUGACUAUACUCUGUGUAGUGAUGUUUUUGUGUUCUCUUGGACUGCUACUUUUCGUAUUCUUGAAGAUGCCAAAUGAUAUUAUAGAGGAGGAACAGGCACUUGAGAGCAGCAUGGCAAUUAUGUCUCAUCACAAUGUUAAUGUUGCUGGAAGUUUCAAGAUAAAUCAAACACAUCUACGUGAUUUCCAUCGAGUAUUAUGGCUCAAAGAUGAAGACAGCGAAAUUGUUCCAAGCACCGUAAACGACUGUCUUCAAAUUCCAUACGCCGGGAAAUACCUUGUCUUUUCCCGCUUUACUUUCAACAUUCUUCCGAGUGUUGAAACACUUUCCAUAACACACAUUUUUCAGUUAAAGACAAGCGAUGGUAAACUGAAAGAUGGCGGCUUCAAACGCAAAUAUGUUAGUGUUUUAGAGAAUAAAUUACGAACAAACGACGAGGUAAAGGCAAACAGAGAAUUAAGAAAGCCAAGUGUAUUUAUUGAGUUCUUUAACUUGGAUGCUCAUGACCAGGUGUGCGCAAAUGUAUCAAACACAAAUCUUCUGUAUCAAUCCACUAUGGACAAUGAUAUUAAUAUUAUUCGAGUAUAGCCUAGUUUUGUGUAUGUGUCUGUAUGUGUGUUUUUGGGGAUUUUUUUUCACGAUUUUGCGUAUUUAAAAAAUGCAUUUUUGAUUAUCUAAAAUUGUAUGUUUUGCAUGAAAUUUGCGUAUUCGAAAAAAUGUAUUUUUGAUUACCAUUCGAAAAUCUAAAAUUGUAUGUUUUGCAUGAAAUUUGCGUAUUUGAAAAAAAAAUGUAUUUUUGACAACAUUCCAGAAAUCUAGAAUUGUAUUAAUAAAACGAUGACUACCUCACGUAACGUGUAAUUUGAGUGUGUAAAUCCUUGUCUAAGAUUAGAUUGCCUUUAUAAAUGCUUUAUAACGUUUAUAGUGUUUAGGCUUAAACCUGCUGUCCAUUACCACCCUUAUAGAUCCAGGCCUUGUAGUCUGACCAGGCUCUAUACUUUUGGCUGAAUAAUCUAAAAUUUUCAUCCUGAUCACCCAAACGUUUUAUAAUACAUGUACAUAUAACUGACCCAAACUGUUCCAAAAUGGAAGCUGGACAUGUCCAGUACACAAAAUCAGUAGGUUAACGAUUUAUUCUGUCUACAAGCAAGUUACCAUUCAUCACAGACCGACUUGAAAAUGGUGGUAGAACAUUAAUUGUCUCGGCGUGUAUUUGCAUAGAAUACUGUCACUGGUACCGAUACUAGCAUACUCUUGGAGGCACCCAUGACCGAAGGAUUAAAGUCUUUCACUUUAAAUCACAUGUCCAUUGCCGCUUAGGGUUCAAAUCCCUUGAGGGACUUUUGAUUCUUCAAUGUGAUGAAUCUGUCCGGCUGGCUAACGGAACGUCGGUGGUUCUUCUCACGUGCCUGCUCGUGCCUGAAAUAAUGCACGGACUUCCUCCACAAGUAAUAUUUGAAAGUUGUCAUAUGCACUUUGCAGAGUUAGUGCGACUUAAAAUCAAAGAAACAAGAAAAAAAGCGUGCUUUAAGAUUUAAUUCAAUAUGGAAGAAAUUUUUUAUCUAUUUCAAACAGUGUUGUGCAGAUAAUUUUCUGUUGUCAAAUACGAGAUAACUUGAAAAUCAUUAUAUCGAGAGCCAUAUAGUUUCACUGCUUCUGCUAGACCACUUCGCCAUUUAAAUGCGAAGGGCACCAAACAUAAUUAUACAAAUUUAUUGUACUAGGGUAUGACAGAUUUAAUUUUUACGUAUGUAGUUAUAAAUAGAUAGUUUUCAAAACCAAAAUUACCUACUUUAAAUAAGGUUGGUCAUUUUUCUGUAGUUUCAUUGUGCUUUAUAUAUAUAUAAUAAAGUUUGUUUAAUCUGAA